CCGAAGACCACAUUUCGAGCCACUAACUAUCAACGCACGUUAUCAUCAAACACUGAGAAAAAGAGUCGAAACGACGCCUUGUAUCAACUCCACACAGUUUGGAUUCCGGUUCGUUCCACUUGAUCCGUAUCUCGCAAUAAACAAAGUCAGUCGUCAGCCAUGUCGUUCGAACUCGACGUCGAGCGCUUCUACAGUCGCCUUCGUAAGCUGCAUGGGAGCUUUGUCAAACACAAGUGAGUGUACUGCGRGCUCCGUUCCUUCAAAAUAGUUCUGUCUUUUCUCCUCGUGGUCUUGUGGCCCUCGCUUUUCUGAUUGUUCGUGUGCAUUGCACCCGCUUUAGUUGCUGUUGCUGUUGCUGUUGAUGUUUCCGCUGCUGCUGCUGCCGCGACGUCUAGGUACAACCAUCUCAACACAAUACAUUCGUUUGCUCACUCUCUACAUAUCCGUCCGUCUGUCUCUGCGUUACAAUUAAAUCGAAUCGAUGCAACUCGUGGACAACAUGGCUCGAUCUCAUUCAAUCGUUAAAAAUGUGACACGUUGUUCACAGGAAAAACUUUUGGAACGGCGCCAAGUGCCUCAGUUUUCAACGAGCCGGUAGCGAUGAAGAGAAUCCAUACGCCCGAUCRGUCGUUCUACASCACUGGCUGUUUGGGUACGAGCUCCCAGACACGAUCAUGGUCUUGACAGACGAUGGAAAUCUGUGGGUCUGCGCUACGAAGAAGAAGUGCGAGUUCAUCCGAUCAGCCGUUGGAAAGGACAAGGACUUCCAGAUUCACUUGUUGCUUAGGGACAAGGAAGAUGGAAACGCCGCAAACUACGCCACUCUCCUCAAACAGGCUACCGGGGAAGACACCGGCGACAGCGCGACUAAGGUGGGUGUUCUGAUGAAGGAGCGAGCGAUCAACAAGGAGGCAGGGGACAAAUCGAUCGUUCAGUCAUACGAAACAAAACUGGACGAGAACGUAGAGGCCAAGAAAAUCGAACUGGUAGAUGCAACCCACGGGGUAGCCCUCGUCAUGGCGGUGAAAGACCAGUCGGAACGAGAUCUCUUGAAAAAGUCGAGCAUCCUGAGCAACAAGGUGAUGAAGCACGGGUUUGUUAAACGAUUGGAGGACAUUAUUGAGGACAUUAUUGGAGAGGACGGAAAAAUUGGGGACACAAAGGUGAGCCACGAAUCUUUUGCAUCCGAAAUAGAGGCCAUUAUUGAAAAUCCCAAAAAGAUCAAGCUGGAGGUUCCGGCCGACGAUGUCCAACCUUGUUACUUCCCGAUCAUCCAGAGCAACGGCAAAUACGAGCUGAAGGUGUCGGCUCAGUCAACCUCCGACUCUCUUUCGCCCGACAUUAUUAUGGUAUCGCUCGGGGCACGUUACAAAUUGUAUUGCAGUAACAUUGCAAGGACAUUUCUGGUAGAUCCACCCAAGAAAGUAUCGAAAAACUACGAAAUACUGUUAGAAGUCCAAGAAGCUUGUUUAGAGGUGAUGCAACCGGGAAAUCCGUUGAAGUCGGUCUACAAGGCUGCUGUGAGCUACCUGAAAAAGAAUGGACACGAAAAAUUAGUUGAAAAGUUACCRAAGAAUCUUGGUUUUGCCCAGGGCUUGGACUUCCGCGAUUCCACCCUGCUACUAUCUCCGAAGAACAGUGUCAUCUUGCGGAAGGGCAUGGUAUUUUGUCUWGCAGUCGGAUUUCAGAACCUAGAACUAACUGAAUCUCAUCUGAGCAACACUCCGAAGGAUAGCCCGGUACGUGCAUUUCCUUGACGCUAGUUAUUGUUCAUGCCCGACGAUUUAGUUCAGACUCAUUCUCAUGCCCCGCACUUUGUAAUUGUUUUGAAAAUCUGUAUCCUUACAGGUGAAGAAACUAAGGACUUAUGCUCUGAUGGUUUCAGAUAUGGUUAGUAUUACCGACAAGGGUGGCGAAGUUAUGACCAAGAUGAGCAAGGCUAUUACAAACGUUGCAUACAACGUCAACGACGUCGAUGAUGACGAUGAAGAAGAYGACGACGAAGAUGCAAAGCUAGCUCGCAAACUAGCAAACGAGAACGAUAAUGGAGGUAGAAGGUCAAAACGAUUGGCUCGGGAUCCGAACGAACUCGCCGAAGUAGCCGAGGGGGUUGCCGAGCGCGAGCGUCGGCAGAUUGCGCUGAUGGAGCGACGAAACGAAGAUAGGGUCCGAGAAAUUGCUCGUCAAAAUUCCAAGAAGCGAGGAAAGGGSGCGGAAGAGGAUCAGGCAGAAGAACUGGAAGCCUACAGAACUCCCCGCGAUUAUCCUCCAAACGUACAACCAAAUCAGGUCAAGGUAGAUAUGGCGAACCAAUGCGUCCUACUCCCUGUUUUUGGAAAUCCAAUUCCUUUUCAUAUCAGCACCAUCAAAAAUGUGGUACUUCCAGACCCUGAUAACGCCACCCUCUUGCGCAUUAACUUUUACACUGCCGGAAUUGCGCUUGGAAAGGAUGCCCCUCAAAACAUGGCGAAGCUUGUCCAGAAAUACGCUCCGUACGCCUCCUUCAUUCGCGAAAUGACCUUCCGAAGUCUUGAUGGAAACAACUUGGUGGCAGCCUUUCGUCAAAUAUCAGAGCUCCGAAAGCGUGCCCGUGCCAAGGAAAUUCUAGAAACUGAGGAACAGAAUCUAGUGAAACAAGAGAAAUUAGUACGAACGAAGAACGAGCGAGUCCCAAGACUGUCUGACCUCACUAUGCGGCCGGUCUUUGCCGGAAGAAAAACGCAAGGGAAUUUAGAAGCGCAUACAAAUGGUCUUAGAUUUAUUUCUACACGAGGAGAAGUUGUGGAUAUCAUGUACAACAAUAUCAAAUACGCCAUUUUCCAACCCUGUGAGAAUGAAAUUAUGGUUCUCAUACACUUUCAUUUGAAGAAUGCGAUUAUGGUGGGCAAAAAGAAACACAUUGAUAUUCAAUUCUUCACCGAGGUUGUUGAUGCGAGUCAAGCAGUCGACAAUGGUCGACGGAGUAUGUAUGAUCCCGAUGAAAUGGACGACGAACAGAGAGAGCGUACACUACGAAAGCGACUCAAUUCUGCGUUCAAAGAUUUUUGCAAAAAGGUCGACAUGACCGCAAAGAAGAACAAUUAUGAGCUAGAGUUUGAUGUCCCGUAUCGCGAUCUUGGCUUCACGGGCAAUCCUCACAAAGAGAUGGUGAAUGUUCUCCCAACGUUGAAUUGCCUCGUGAACUUGACCGAGACUCCCUUCUUUGUCGUGGAUCUUGACGAUGUUGACCAUGUUCAUUUCGAGCGUGUUACAUACAUGAGUAAAGCAUUUGACUGCAUUCUUAUCAAUAAGGAUUUCACUAAGAUGCCAUGGCGAGUCGAUAUGAUUCCCAACGGUGACAAAGAUGCCAUCCAAGAGUGGCUGACUGACAUGGACAUCACUUACACAGAAGGACCGAUGAAUCUAAACUGGAAGUCCAUUUUAAAUACAGCGAAGGACGACGAUCGUUUUUACAUGAAUACGGAAGACGAYGAAUUCACUAAGAAGGAAGCUGGAUGGGAAAUCCUUCGAAUGUUCGGUAACGAUGAUGACGAUGACGAUGAUGAAGAUGAGGACGACUCCGAGUUCGGAGAAGAGAGUGCGGAAGAGGAAGAAGAGCUCGAGGAAGACGAUGAAGAAGAUUACGACUCUGUUGAUGAUGACGAAAGCGAUUUCGAUGCAGACGAGGAUCUUGAAGAGCAAGGAAUGGACUGGGACGAGAUGGAAGAACAGGCAGCGAUUGCCGACAAGAAGAGAUCACGUGGUGGGGAAGAUUUCGAACCACAGCGAAUYAAGAGACGGGGAGGGGGAAGAGACGGAGGUUCGAGAAACCAGAAACGACGACGACGAUGAGCGUUACCACUUCAAUAAAGCUUGUUGUCAGGCAGGGAAAAAAGUUCAACAAAAAAAGGUUAUUUCAAUUUUCUAUCUUCAUGUAAAGUCGUUUUCUUUCACAUCAUUUCUUACGUUGCGUUCGUCAAAUAAGACCUGGAAGCUGCCUUUUGUACUCAGAAAAUAGAAUUAUUUGCAACAGCAGCCAUGGGUGUUACAAUGCCUUGCUAUGCUGCCAGCGGAUGUUCCUUCCCAUCAGGGAUAAAAUGAAUUUGUUGCUAGCACUCCUUUCUCUCCUCACCAAUUUGAAUGAUAUUCCUAUCAAGCGAUGUAACACUUUUAGAC